CUUGUGUUAUUCUGUGUGAUAAAUUUGAUAACGUAUUUGGAUCGCGGUGUGAUAGCAAGUACCGGUGUAAAUGGGGUUCCUGAGACUUGCAGUCCAAAUGGAGAAUGCUCACCUGGUACCGGAAUUCAGGGUGAUUUUAAGCUGACAAAUGCAGAGGAUGGUGUUUUAGCUUCCGCCUUUAUGGUUGGACUUUUAUUGGCAUCUCCGAUAUUUGCAUCCUUGGCAAAGAGCAUUAAUCCCUUUAGGCUUAUCGCCGUUGGGUUGUCUGUUUGGACUUUAUCUGCAAUUGGUUGUGGAAUUUCGAUUGGAUUUUGGACAAUUACAGUCUGCCGAAUGCUAGUUGGUGUUGGUGAAGCUUCUUUUAUAAGUCUUGCAGCUCCAUUCAUAGACGAAAAUGCUCCAGUAAAUCAGAGAUCAGCCUGGCUGGGAAUAUUCUACAUGUGUAUACCUACAGGAGUUGCGCUUGGCUAUGUUUAUGGUGGACUAGUUGGAGAUGGUUACGGAUGGCGUUAUGCAUUUUUUGGUGAGGCAGUUCUGAUGGUGCCAUUUGUUGUUUUGGGUUUUGUAAUGAGACCAUUGCAACUCAAAGGUAUUUCGAUGGAAAAAGAAGUACCAAACUCUUUUGAUGAGAAGUCCACCGACGAUGAAGCUAUCUGGUCUAGUGGCGGAUAUACUUCUUGUAGUCCUUUUACUAGGUUUUGGGAAGAUGUUAAAGCUCUUCUUUGUGAGAAGAUAUAUGUUGUAAAUGUUUUAGGUUAUAUUACAUACAACUUCGUGAUAGGGGCUUAUUCAUACUGGGGACCUAAAGCUGGUUAUAGCAUAUAUAAUAUGACCAAUGCUGACUUGUUGUUUGGAGGGAUCACGAUCGUGGGUGGAAUCGUGGGGACAUUAUCAGGCGGUUUUAUCCUUGAUCGAAUGAGUUCCACAAUCCCCAAUGCUUUUAAGCUUCUUUCCACAUCAACAUUUUUUGGGGCAGUAUUUUGCUUUAGUGCCUUUUGUUUCAAGAGCAUGCACGUUUUUGUGGUUCUCUUUCUUAUUGGGGAGAUACUCGUUUUUGCCACUCAGGGUCCUGUAAACUUUGUAUCUAUUCAUUCAGUUAGACCAAGCUUGCGACCAUUGGCGAUGGCCAUGUCUACAGUGUCGAUUCAUGUUUUUGGUGAUGUGCCUUCUUCUCCCCUUGUUGGAGUUCUCCAGGACAAAAUAAGAAACUGGAGAACAUCUACAUUGAUCUUAAGUUCAGUACUGUUUUUGGCAGCUGGAAUAUGGUUUAUAGGCGUCUUUCUUCAUAAUGCUGAUAAAUAUAACCAAGAUAAUGAGAACCCGACAAGCACUAACGGAAAGUUAAAUACGGGAACUUCGAAUGAACACGGGACAACCAAAACGAGUGCUGAACCAUGAACAUGGCAACUUUGACUACUUUGGAGUUAAUCUCGUGUUUAAAACAAACAGGCUGUCCAGUUAUAUAUAUUCUGGCAUAAUGCUACAUCCUCAAUUUUGACCUUAAUUUUAAAUUGUAGCAGUACAACAUAUUCAUAUCAAAUGACAACCAUGUGACUGAAA